AUGGGAGUCCAAGAGUUCUUUUAUUUACCAGUUCUCCUCUUCAUGUUGGUAUUGUUUCACUCAGUUGUUACUCAGUACCACUGUGAUACACGUGAAGUCUCCAUCUUUGGUAAGAUGCUUCAAAAACACAUUUUUAAAACAAUCACUGGAGCGGCAUUCGGUGUAGUGUGUUUGCGGGAGUGUUAUCGUGACGUCAGAUGCCAAAGCUUUAACUAUGUGUUCACCCAAGACAAGUGUGAGCUGAAUAACCGUACAAAGGAAGCCAGGCCUGAAGAUUUUGUACCCAACUCUGAGAGAUAUUACUUCAGACGAGACAUGAAGAGAGCUAUCCUCGGAGCCAUUCCCGAGCUGUCUGCAGACUCGUGCAAGGAAAUCAAGGCAAGCGAAGGUGGACAAGCGGUCAGCGGAAAAUACUGGCUGAAUUUCAUCAAACCUGGCACUCCUCUGUUGGCUCAUUGUGACAUGAAAAGCGAAGUUAAUUUUACGGCCGAUGGGAGAAGAGGAUCCUUUGGCAUUAUACAGACGUUCACUGUUCCACGGACCACCCGCUAUCUCAUCAAAGCCUGGGGAGCUCGGGGAGGAACACAUUCAUACGAUUAUGGAGACAAUCCAGGAACAUAUUAUGGUGGAAAGGGAGCGUUUAUAGAAGGCAAGUUCAGACUGAAUAAAGGAACAGUGUUAAAUAUUGUGGUGGGACAAAGAGGAGGGGAUUCGGUUGAAGUAAGAGGAGGACAAAGCACAAAAAAAACAGCAGCUCAACUAGGAGUGUCCGUGGAAGACAAUGCUGGCACUGGAGGAGGGGGAGGAAGUUUUGUUUACACUACAGAUGAUGUUUUGUUGCUGGCUGCCGGAGGAGGAGGGGGUGCGUCGGGUGGAUAUAAUGGUGUGGAUGGUCAGGCGGGAUCAACCGGCACCAGUAGUGAAGGGAAAGAUUCGUCACAAGUUCGUAAUGGAGGUACAGAUGGGCAGCCAGGUGAAUGCAACAGCGAGGGCGCUAGCUACCAUGGAGGAGUAGGUGCAGGUUGGUUUGGUCAAGGUUGUACCCGACUAGGCUCCUCCCAUGGGGAAAGAGGUGGAUCACGUGCCCAAGGCUGGAUCGGAGGUCAAGCCGGAAAUUUGAAUAGCGGUAAUAAUGGGGGCCCUGCACCAGGAGCAGUUGGUGGGUUUGGAGGUGGGGGAGGUGGUUCAGAAGAUAAUGGGGCAUCAGGCGGAGGUGGUGGAUACUCUGGGGGAGGCAGUGGUACUCAUAAGCACCAGGCCGGAGGUGGAGGGAGCUCGUACUGCAGUGGUGAAGACUGUUCAGACAUCAACGAGUGUGAAACAAAUACCCACAAGUGCAGCAGUGAAAACGUCAUAUCCUUAAAUACCGAAGGAUCAUUCAAGUGCAUUUGUAAACAUGGAUUCAGCGGGGAUAUACAUAAUUGCAAAGACAUCGAAGAAUAUGCCAACAUUACCUGUAACUGUAGCAAUAAUAAUGCUAUUUGUGAAAGUUCAGAGGGAUCUUUCAAGUGCGUUUGUAAACCUGGAUUCAGUGGGGAUGGACAAGAUUGCACAGAUAUUAACGAGUGCACCGCUUCUCCAUCUUUGUGUGAUACCAACGCCGUUUGUGAUAACACCCAAGGUUCUUAUCACUGUGCCUGCAAAACUAGAACUUUUGGAAAUGGACAAACUUGUGAACCUGGAUUUGGAACCGGUGGAAGAAGAGGACGCUUUGGCAAGAUACAGACGUUUACUGUUCCGCAGAACACCCGCUACCUCAUCAAAGCCUGGGGAGCUCGGGGAGGAACACAUUCAUACGAUUAUGGAUACCUUCCAGGAACAUAUUAUGGUGGGAAAGGAGCAUUUAAAGAAGGGAAGUUCACACUGAAUAGAGGAACAGUGUUAAAUAUUGUGGUGGGAAAAAAAGGAGGAGAUUCAAUGGAGGUCAAAGGUGGACAAAGCACCAAGCAGACUGCAGCUCAACUUGGAAAAUCUGUGAAGGAAAAUGCUGGCACUGGAGGAAGUGGAGGAGGAAGCUUUGUUUAUACUACAGCUGAUGUUCUGUUAUUGGCUGCCGGAGGAGGAGGGGGUGCGUCGGGUGGGUAUAAUGGUGUGGAUGGUCAGGCGGAUUCAAGUGGCACCAGAAGUGUGGGAAAAGAAUCGUCACGAGUUCGAAAUGGAGGUACAAAUGGGCAGCCAGGUGAAUGCAACAGAGAGGGCGGUCAUUAUCAUGGAGGAGGAGUGGGUGCGGGUUGGUUUGGCCGAGGUUGUACCCGACUAGGCUUCUCCCAUGGGGAAAGGGGAGGUUCACGUGCGGAAGGCUGGAUCGGAGGUAAAGUUGGAGGUCUGAAUAGUGGUAUUAACGGGGGCCCUGUACAGGAGCAGCUGGGGGAAGGGGGUGGUGUUACAGGAGUUAAUGGGGCAUCAGGUGGAGGUGGUGGGUACUCUGGGGGAAGCAGUGGUACUCAUAAACACCAAGCCGGAGGCGGAGGAGGCUCGUAUUGCAGUGGGGAAGACUGUUCAGGUUUGACUGGUGGUAACUCAAAUGAUGAUGGCGCUGUGAAAAUUGAUGAAUGGCUGAGAGGAGUUUCAAACGAUAAUUGA